AUGAAAUCAACCCUUCUGCUGCUGUCGAUCUCCACAAUUGGAAGCUGGGCAUUCUCCACAACGAAUUCACACGACAGAACACAGCAGAGCCAUCCACUAGGAACCUGUUUAAAAGGUUCCCCAGACGAAACCGAAUGGACCAGUGACUUUGAUGACUUUAUUCCCGGCUCAAAUCCGAAUAGUGAUGGCGAUGACAGCAGCAGUGGCAGUGCUCCCGCCAUUGCCAGUAUCUUUCAACGAAGAGGCAAUCGUGACUGGUCCGGCAUUCAGUCGCGACAAUUUUCCUUGGGGGAAGACUUGGUGUUGGCUGACUUUGUGGGUAAGAUGGGGUUUGAUGAAGUGACGGACUGGGAAUACUAUUACGAAAACGAAGAAGAUCCCAGCGAUCGAAAGGUGGUUCAACCGAAUCCAUUUGACGAUUCGAAACCAAAACGAACGCGCAAGAGUAGCGGUUCUGUGGUCCGCGUCUUUCGUGGAGAAUUUGUGGGGAGAUUAGGUGGAACUUUGAGAUCCAUGGGACUCGAUAAUCGAGUCCUGGUCAAGGAGUUCACUGGGGAGAUGGCACUGCAACUAGCGCGGUACGAAAUGCUGUCGGUUGGUAAAUUGCAAUCGGAACUCUUGGCAGACAACGAGGAUGCAGCCGACGGCUUGUGGAUCCAAAUGGCCAGUUCUCGGACCGCGACGGCCCGCAACGAUGACAGCAAUGUUUGUGAAUUAGUCAAACGACUCUCGAAAUCUAAAUCAGCACCUUUCCUUGGCAUUCUAGGGGAGGUGAAUCUGGCAGAAUUGGAAGACGACUGGGAUCCGAAUGAAUUCUAUCGGGCGUUGAGUGUUCCACCGCCCAAGGAAGGUGCCAUUUGGAUUGUUUACGAAUAUGCUGGAUUGAAUACAUGCGCGACCUAUUCAGAACCGGCCCAGUUGAGAAGAUCGAGGAUUCCACCCAAAAAGACCUUCUUUGGAGUUAAGGAAGCGCCACCACUUCCUGAAUGGAGGAAACGAGCGGACUAUGUGGUCAAAGGAAUCAUGAAGGGAGCCAUUGAAGCGGUGGCAGAAUUGCAUGAUAGUGGAAUUGCCCACCGCAGUAUUGGAAGAAGCAGUGUCAUUUUGACAAGUCGGACACAAGACAAGGCCGAACCAUCCUCGGUUUAUGCCACGGAUACCACUUUCUUGUCGAUUAAAUUGUCUGACUUUGGAUUUUCGGGCCUCUUGGAAGAGUCGACGUACGACGACGAAUUCCUGAUGCGGGCGCGAUCCUUUGGAUUUUCCUUUCGCAAAGGCGACAAUUCUCUAGCAGCCACCAAUUUUGCCAUGGCGGAAGAUCUUCAUGCCCUCGGAUUUGUAUUUUUGGGUCUGAUCCUGUCUUCUUUGGCGGAGCUGCCUCGGCUUGACUCUCCUAUGCCAGCUACCGAUGAAGAUACCUUGCAACGACUACUGGGUGAGAUUUUUGACAAGGACAUUGAACAAUUCCGAGAGUAUGUCGAAGCCGAAGAAGUUUGGAAGAGCCUGGUAGACUACCUCGAUGAAAACGAUGGAGCUGGCUGGACCGUACUCGAGACCCUCUUCAAAGCAAGGGAGAAGGCAGCAGAGAACAAGAACUCACUGUCAGUUAUCACAGCACGAGGACUGCUUUCGAAUCCAUUCUUUCAGUAG